AGAUAACUGAGAAAAACACCAUUUUCUGUGACUGCAUCUUCAACGUCUCGCAACCCACCGCGACCGGAGCUCCGCUCUGCCGCGUCCGAGCUCGCCUCUGUUCUGAACCAGUUUUGUUUUGUUCCUUUGCGGCUUGUUUCUCUGCUUGUGCGAGCUAUUGUUCCGGUUCGGUUUCUCAUGCUUAUAAAAGCAAUGGCAAGUGCAUUGAGUAGCAGAGUUGAAUCUGUUCGAAACUCCCCCUUUCUAAGAUUUUCGCUCAACUUCAUCAGAGCCCUUAGCUCUUCUUCGUCUUCUUCUUCUGCCGUUUCUUCUGCUGAGAACCUUAAGAAAUCAAAGCGAAGGAAGAAGAAGAAUUUGUUCGAGGUGGCUCAGUUCUUACCUAACUGGGGAAUCGGCUACCACAUGGCCAAGACUCACUGGAAUGAGGUUUCUUACGAAAUCACUAAAAUAAAUCUCUACAAGGAUGGAAGACAUGGAAAAGCAUGGGGGAUUGCUUUUAAAAAUGGCUUGCCAUUAGCAGAUGCUCCCAAAAAGAUUAGUGGAGUUCACAAGCGCUGUUGGAGGUACAUACCAAAUGUAGUAAAAGCAUUAGAAAGCUCAACAAACUUAACGAGCUCAACAGACAGUGGCUUAAAAGUUGAAACUGAAGCAAGUUGAUGCUUUCUAGUGACUUUGGGUAUUUAGGUCAUCGACAUUAUACCAUGCCUUAGAGUUGAUUUUCAAUCGGCAUUGUUGUUUUCGACUAUGGUUGCAUUUUUUAGUCGACCAUGAAAUGUGCUCUGAGGGAGUAAUCUAGUUGGAUUUGGUUCUUUCUUUGUGUUUGUCUUUGACCCAUAUUUUCGAAGUUGGUAUUACCAUCUUCAAGAAACAUAACGAAACGAGGAUUUGAGAAUCAAAGUCGGACUCGUGAACAGGGUAGGUAUAAAUUGUUGCUUAUAAAUACAAUUAUAAGCCGUCUAA